AUGGCCACCCAAGCAGCUAACCUGAUGUUUCAGUGUGCUUUUGAGGGAAGUUUAUCAAUGUGUGACAUGGAUAUUGAGCGGAGGCCAUAUCAUCGCAAUUGCACGUGUGCACUGCACAAACAGAAGACCACCUGCUCAAAUGCUGUUUCACGUAGGAGGAACAUUACGUUCCCCAAAAAAGAAUUAUGGAAUAAAUGUUCCUUAAUUUCCAUAUCAGCUUCCACUAUCUCUUCUAGAUCUUCUUACUUUGGGGAUUCAUCAGUUAGAAGUAGCGAGCAUAGCAAUGAGGAUUCAGGUAGGUUGUAG